GCAACAACACGCGGAGGACACUUAGAACACAACUGCAUCUCCUCAUUGGCCAGCAGUCCUGAGGUCUGGUGCGUAAUGCCGCGCGCUGGGCACGCACGGACCCAUCAGAGAAUUUACUGAAGAAAAAUCUUGUGGAUAUUGAAGAGUUUGGAUUUAUUUAUCUGAGAGUUUUUAUCACGGUCUGGGUUUACAUUACAUGCCAAAGCUGGGGGAACAGACUGGAACACAACAGACUUCUGCGCGAAGCUUCACAGUUUUCGCCACAAUUAUUGGUUAUCGGAUGGACCAGCAUCCCAGCGCCCGGAGCUGCACCAGUCGCGGGGCUUCGUCCUGCGAGGCCGUCCCGACUGAACCCUCCAUGAAUCUGUACAUCCACUCCACCACCGGCACACGAUUCGAGCUUUCCCUGCCCCUGGAGGAGACCGUGGAGGGACUGAAGAGGAGGCUAUCGCAAAGACUCAAAGUACCAAAAGAGAGACUCGCUCUGCUACACAAAGAAACGCGACUAAGUUCAGGCAAACUCCAGGAUCUAGGCAUCUCUGAUGGGAGCAAGUUAACACUUGUUCCAACAGUUGAAGCAGGAUUAAUGUCUCAAGCAUCAAGACCAGAACAGUCAGUAAUGCAAGCCUUGGAGAGCUUAACAGAAACUCAGGUCAGUGACUUCCUGUCCGGCCGCUCCCCCCUCACCCUGGCACUGCGCGUAGGUGAUCACAUGAUGUUCGUCCAGCUCCAGUUGGCGGCGCAGCAGUCCGGGGGUCCCCAGCUCCAGCACAGACACCUCAUCACCCGGGGCAACGCGGAGACCGCAAUGGGACAGCCCACAGGGCAGCCCCGUGUUCCCCACCCUCACCCAAACUCCCAACAUCACCCCCAUCAUCCACACAUUCACCCCAGCCCCCACUUGACCCAGCCUCAUACGGUCCCUUCCUCCCCCUCCUCCCCGGGCUCCCCUUCCUUCCCCCUGCCCUCCACGCACCACCAGCCGCUCCCUCCCAUGUACCACCAGUCGCCCUCCUCUGCUCAUUGUAGCCCUCCUACUCCUCCUCCUCCACCACACUCCCCUCGCCCGUCCCACAUCCCUGGAGGUCUUUUCCGCUCUCCAUCUCAUCACCAUCAUCAUCAUCACCACUACCACCAGCCUUCCUCAGGCCAACCCAGCCACGACAUCGGCCAGGCCAGCCCUGUAGCCCCAGUCCUCUGCCCUGAGGCUAACUGCAGCACCAACAGCCCUAACAGCGGCACCAGUCCCUCGCCACGCUCCCGUAAACCUGGCGCCAUCAUUGAGAGCUUUGUCAACCAUGCUCCCGGAGUCUUCUCAGGGACCUUUUCAGGCACUUUGCACCCUAACUGCCAGGACAGCAAUGGGCGUCCCAGGCGAGACAUUGGUACCAUCCUGCAGAUCCUCAAUGACCUCCUGAGUGCCACACGCCACUACCAGGGCAUGCCCCCCUCCCUCACCCAGCUUCGCUACCAGACCCAGUGUGGUUCGUCCACUUCCCCAUCUCCCUCCCCGCCUCCUUCGCCCCCAGUCGCUGGCGUGACGGGCCUCUCUGCCAAAGCUACCUCUGUGCCUGCCGGCAGCCCUAGCAGCCCUCCGCCGACUCUUCAUCCGCUGGUGCAGUGCCAGAGCCAGAUCCGCAUGUGCAAACCCCCUGGUGACCGUCUGCGUCAGACCGAGAACCGUGCAACCCGCUGUAAGGUGGAACGCCUGCAGCUGUUGAUGCAGCAGAAGCGUCUGCGCAGGAAGGCUAGGAGGGACCAGCGCGCUCCUUACCAGUGGCUCCCCAACCGCAAGGCCGGACGCAGCAACAGCAACAGCAGCAUGUCCAGCGAGGGCUCCCUGGACCUGGACUUUGACGAUUCAGUGUGGAAACCUGAUGUCAAGGCUGAUUUGAAGUCUGAGUUCGUCAUGGCUUGAACCGUCUGAUCCCUCAUGCCUGGGCAUAGAUUCAAAGAUGUGCAAAGCAUUGCUUGGGAUUUACUUAAAGAUACAUUUUGAGGGAGUGGAUAUGCAGGAGGGGACACAGAACUGUUCAAAGAUGUGUUGUGCAAAGAGGAAAUCAGAGUUGUUUCUAGUGACUGGCGUCCGUCACAUGAAAAUAAAAAAAGGCUCCCUGCAGACUUUAAUCCCAUUCUGUCCUUCACAGUUGACCUUGUGAAAAACGGCAACAAUAGCAACAGAACUUUCUUGUCAUGCUUGGAUUUGGACAGGCAACAACCGGACUUAACAGUGUACAAGACUUUUUUAAGGUGUGAUCACAGAGACCAUACCUGAACUUGAGCAUAGCAGAAUUCAGUGGGUGGUGGUGGUGGUGGUAUUUUCAGAUUUUUUUUUUUUCUAAGAUUUGUUUUUUAAGCGCACUCUGGACAGCAAUGAAGAGAUCCACACUGGACUUAUUAAGAGGACAGGAGCACCAGAGGCCUCAGUGUUUCCUAAUCACAAGAAAGGCAGAACUGCCGAACUAUGGAUUAUUCCAACGGGCAUUCUUAUCGAUCUCAAAACUCACCAACCAGAGUCCAGUUUUUACCUGUUACGGGGUGGUUAAACUUUUUUCUGUUUUCCAUUUUGAAACAUAUUAUUAUAUUUUAUAAACAAAAAAUAUGUAGCAUUGUUCACAAAGCAUUCAGGUUUUCAUAAAACAGUUCAAAGUAGUUGAUUUGCACAUUUUCUUGAUUUAUAACAGCUGGUCAAUGUGUGCAAGAAGAAGGAGGAGGUGGGGCCUGAAAUAGAAUAAAAAAUGAAUAUGGAAGUAUUGAUAUCAACCUCAGUGGCAUAGGGUAUCGAUAGGAAUGAUUAAUGAAUAAACAAAAUGAAUUAAUAUUAACAGAAAGUGCUUUAGAGGAUUUUAAAAUCUUUAAAAUGUAUAUGGAAAAAAAUCUAUUUUUAUUUCUCUUCCUAUCUGCUGUUUUCAAAAAACAGCAGCCCUCUGUGGCUUUAGUCAAGUCCUUGACUACCGACAGAUACAUCCAUUCAAUCAUUCAUUAGCUCAUUCAUGAAUUAUAGUCGUCUAGCCACAACAAAUGAUACGGAAAGACAAUUUUCAUCCAGCCCGCCUCACGUCUUACAGACCUGAAUGGACUUGUUGAGGGUUUGUUUUAGUUUGUGUACAUAAAUGUGACAAUUGGCAAAAGG